AUGCCUUACUGCACGUUCAAAAGACUUUCUUGUUGUUUCUCUGCGUGGUGCUCGUCAUUAGAUGACUUAACACGCACUGGCAGACGUGAGUUUAGUUUACUUGAAAUCAGGUCACAUGAUGUAACUUGUUUUGCAGGGAACACUCAUCACGUGACCCCAGUGUGUCCGGCUGCGCCCCCACGUGUGCGUAAAGCUGACGUAACAAAUGGCAGCCGGGUUUUAGGAAGUGUUAGAACGUACACGUGUCACCGUGGACACCUGGACACGUCAGCGGAACUGACCUCGGCCCAGACAACAUGCCUUCACAACUCAAGCUGGAGUUUCACGUCACUGAAAUGUUCUGGGCCCUGGAUCAGGGAAUCGACACCGUCAAGGAAAAAACCAAAAACAAAGUGGCUGAAUCGACGCAUCCUCCGUCAAGUCACGUUUGCCGACACCAUGGUGUUCCUAGUGAAGACCUGUAACGACGCCGACUUAACCUUAGACAGCAAUGUUCGGCGUUACAAGUACAACCCUAACGUCAUCGUCGGUGGUUUCAACAACACCACGUCUGUGAUCCGAUUGUGUGACAGUCGCCACCAUCUCGAAACAGCCAUCUUGACCUGUUCCCACUUCCGGCCUUUCUGGAUCUCCUGGAAGGGUCGACUUGUCGCCGUUGGCAAGGGGACACAGGUUGGACGAGGAGAGUUCAUGAGGUGCUACCUCAUGAAAUAUCAACGUUUUAGAAAAAUUGGUAUAUCGACCUUCAUUAAUAAUCCUGGAGCUUGGUUAUUUAAAAAGAGGCGUUGAGAGCGGCUGUCAGCAGUAUGCAUGUAUAUAAUUACUAGGGGAUUCUAAAUGUAAAGGCAGCGUAUGUACAUCUAAUUAGGACUUUGUGUGCAUGUUGAUCGGCAAGAAUAAACAAAUAUCAC